UUCCUCCAUGGAUUUUCUGGUGGACUUUGGAGUUCUCUCAAUCUUUAGGUGACGAAAGCCCGUUAUGCUAGUCUACUUUUCGGAGUGGGCUAAGUUGCUUAAAAAGGGGGGAAUUUUUAGUAGUCCUUAGGCCGUUGGAGCACUUUUUCUGAGCUCAUUCUCAUUUAGUAGUAGAACAUUAUGAAGGUUUCUGGGUUAUGCGUCUUGUUCUUGGUACUGGGGACAGAUUUCUUGUUUCUCAACUUCUCGAGUGGUAUAAGAACUGGUUCCUUUAUUUUUCCCGAAAUGGUCUUCGCCCAACUUGCCGGCGGCGAUGCUAUGCCAAUGACCACAGCGAGUAGGAGGCUGAAGGAUAAUGACCACAAUUCGCGCUCUGAGAAGAAGCACCGCCAAAUAGGCCGUGAUGUAAAUCUGGAUGAUUACCAUCCCAUUGAUCCAGUACCAAGUUCAAAGGCUUUCUUCAAACCUGGACCUAUCGAACACGGGACCGAUCCUCUUAUGCCAUAUAUUCCAAGACCUUCGCGGCCUCCUACCCCUCCUGAAAAUGGAGGAUUUGCAUAG